AUGUCGCCAUCGGCGGCGACCAACGGCGCACCUCGCUCGCACUCGCACACGUUGCUGCUGUCGUCUGAACGAGCGAGCGAACUAGUCGGUGCUCUAGUUGUUGUUGGAGAUGAUGCCGCAGAUGGUGAGGGCUACAUCGUAGUCGACUAUGUCCCCGUCCAGGUAGUGGGAAUGGCACACCACGAGCGUGGGAACGCGGCCUCGGGGGCAAAGCGGCGGGGUAGGGCGCGGUUUGACGGCGGACAUGAGAGGUGCUCUGCGUCGCUCUCGGCUAUACCGCCGUCACCUUCCGUCACCUCCAAAUCCCCGGAAGUCUCGGAGUACUUGCCUGUGCUCCAAGCUAAUGUAUACUGGGAUAUUGCCAUUCCAACGUCACGCUAUAACGACUGGAACGGCUCCUAUAAGUUGAUCUUCAGUGCUAUUAUGAGCAACGAGGAUAAAAGAGCACUUGCUUUGGCCCUUAGCGACGAGCCGACUAAAGAGCAACUCUCAAGUUCUGGAAAGGCUGCUCAGGAUAAGAGGCGUGAAAAUCAGGAGCUGAAAGAAGCCAAGGAGAAGGCUGAGGCUAAGCGAAAGGCUGAGGCUGUGACGGCACAAGAGAAAACCGGUUGA